CUGGGUUAUAAUAAGCCCCUCUUUCCCAUGCCCUCUUCUUAUGUGCCCAGGUGCUAAAUAAAUUAGCGUCCAAAACACAUAUAUUGCGCAGCGUUAUAUCAUUGGUCGAAGGUUGACACAAAAAAUCAUCAUGGCUUACAGAGAGGAGCCCUCGCCUUCUCCAAUACGAAGGGCGUCUUUCAAGACCCCGUCCCGGCAUAAUACCUUUGAAAGACGACCAACAUUCGUCGAUGACGAGAAUGCUGAGAUAAUCAACGAGCCUCGAGGAAUUCAACCGAACAAUGACGCAGCAUAUCAAGGAACGACUAGACAUGGUUACCCAAUAAGUCCCCGCAUGCACCGUGGAAACCCUUCUGGUGCACCUAGGUCUCAGCCUCCGUACCCCGUAGUAUUUAUUGAACGUUCGCGCUCGGGGAGGGUCGCCGAUCGGCAACGUCCUCGUCGAAGCAGUAGCAGCAGCAGCAGCAGUGUCAGUGACCAUCGCAUUGACAUAUGGAGCGGCGAUGAUGAUGAGGAUAAUGACGACUAUCUAGAUAAGAAUUUCUUUGAUUACAAGCCCUUCAAAGGUCUGCCGCCUAGUAAACGGGGUACUCCUGUAGCCGCUGUCCCUAAAGAUGGUUCGCAGCCAGAGCCCAUUGCCCCUAAAACGGCCAAUGAAAUCCAGAAUAGAAAUGCACCCAGUACCCCAGUUUCUGGUAUUCUACAUGUGUUGGAAUCUCGCUAUACUGGCGAUCAUCUCCUAGAUGGCUCGCAUUCGGCGGAGAUCACAUUUAUGCAAGAAACUAGGCGUCAACGACAGUCAAUAUUUCGAUGGUUUCAUGUACAGCAAGAAAAACAGAGUCUAGAUGAUCUCUCCGUUCAGCUCGCGGACAUACCUGAUAUGGACGGGGUGGACCGUCGUGGCCUUACUAGGUUACUCGCUCAAGUUAAAAGACGUAGGGUCAAAAGAAGACGAACUCCAGGUGGCAAGAAUGCGCUACACAUGGACCCGGGGGUAAUCCGGGUCUCAGUACCAACCGAUAAUGGGGAUGCUAAAUCCUUGCUCUGGCUCUGUCUUCCGUACCUGAGCCUGGAGAAAUAUUCAGGCCUGCUUGAAGCUGGAAGGGAAGGGACUUUUCCGGUCGAAACUUUACUACAGAGUGACUUUUCACUUACUACACAGGAACGCGAAAUGAAACAGAUCGUAAGCCAGCAGUAUAACCGGAAAGGAGACCAGAAAUGUUUCCAUAUUGCACAACUGUGGUUCAUAGUCCUGGACAACUCUCUCCUUAUUACUUGUGGGCGUAUGCCCGUGCAUGCCCUGGGUGGUGGUGAAAUAUCGUUCUAUCAUGAACCCCCAAACCAACUGAGUGAUGGGGAUAAAACAAUUUAUGUUUCCUAUGGGUCGGCUCUCUGGGGCUUCCCAUUGGAAUCAUGCAUAUCGUGGUUUGAUUUCGUUCAAAAAUUUCACCACUUUUGGCCCAACAAUAUUCAGUUCUAUCACCGCGAGGCUCUGAUAACCAAGGAUACAUGGCCUGAAAUUAUCAAUAACAUGAAGCAAGCAAAGAUAAGAGUUACUCUAAAUCUACGUGUUGAGAGGCCUCAUCGCCAGUUUAUCGCACAUGGCGUGUUACCAUCGACACAGAUUCCGACCACCGAGGAACGACAACAAGGAUCUACGCAUAUGCAAUCAUCUCCUGACGAUGUCAAUGACACUUUCCACGUUUUCUCUUGGCUUACUACGAGAGAGACCGACUCUAAGUCGCAGAAAUAUGAUCUUGAGAUGCUAAAAGGACAACUACAAGAUAUCGAUAAUUAUCUUCUCCAUUCAACCGAAAUGCGGGAACAGUUACCAUACCGCCGCUGUGGCAGAUCAUCUCGACAUUCUGUCACCAAUUACCUUAUGGAGGAACGUCGUAGGCUUGAGGACACCGAUGACUCGGAAUCAAAAGAAAUCAACGAAUAUGGGGUUCGGGUCAAUCUAUUCAACGCCGCUGAUCUUAUCAAUAAAUUCUUCUACCCACCUUAUUCCAAUGGCGAAACAGAAACUGAGAGAAAGUUCUGGGGAGCUGUUGAAAGAAUUAUCAAGACGUCUUUUCUAGACGAUGAAGAAUCACCAAACACUCGGGGGCGAGCUCGAGGUUCACGACGUAUAUAUAAUAACACGGCAAACACCAGGCUAGAUUCCAUUUACAAGUGCAUAUCUAAGCUAGCGGCAAAAGUUCUCGAGCUCCAGCGUCUCGUUAAUCAUGUCCCGGAGACUAUGCAACAUAAGGUAGAUAUACCUCACGAUCUUGUCCUCUGUUGGCUCCAUUCCACUAUGGCCCUUGUCCAUGGCGCAGAGGACGUAACUCACUGCGAAGAGCACAGUGACAUUGCGUAUAGGUUGAUCUCGAGGGGCACGACCAAAGUUGUGGAAAGUAUUGCCUCAUUGGACAAAGAUAGUCUCCUCGAUCAUUUGGUGAUUCAGCCAAUGGCGCUUGUUUCCCUCAUAAGCUUGAAGUUGUUCAACAACUCACUGGGAGAGAGUUUGUCGUUAAGCGACAUUUAUUACAACUACAUUCGAGAGCUGGAGCAUAAUAUUACGCUUGCCCCAGAACGGUCACAUCAAACUCGGAUCAAUUUGCUCAAAGAGGAGCUGAAGGUGAUCAAACGAGUGACAGAAUCUCAAAGGAGAUUCAUGUCAGACCUGGGCCGAGGUAUCUUAAAGUCGCCUACUAAAAUGCGAAAUGAACAUCAAGUAUCAAGCCAAUUCCGGGAAGUCACGAGAACGAGGGAUCGUCGUAAUUAUUACGGUGUUCCCCAGGAUAGGUAUUAUACAGACCGGACGAUCAUACUUGAUGAUGAUUCCCUUGGGAUCCAAGAUCCGGAUGAAUUCGCAAAGCUUCCUCCAACUGACCCUGGAGGGUUCGCAAAUCUCUUCUUGGGGGAUGGUCAGAACUGGCUGGAGAGGAGGAAAGACGAACUCCGGGAAGUGGAAAUAGAGGCUAGGAGGCUUGAAAUGCUCAACACGCACGAAAUUGAUACGACGAAAGACCGCCAGGAGGCAGCAGUGUACGCUUUCACAAUGGUAACCAUUAUCUUCCUCCCUCUCGGCACUAUCAGUAGUAUCUUUGGCAUGAACACCAGCGAUAUCGCCAAUCUCGAGUCAGGCCAGUGGCUCUACUGGGCCGUCGCACUCCCUAUUACCGCCUUGGUCAUCGUCGCUGGGCUAGCAUGGAUGGGUGAGCUAUCAAACCUUGGACAAUGGCUUCUGAGACGACCAAAAAACAGCGGAGGCAGAAUGUCCAUAAAUAGUCCCGACCCAGGGGAUUUAUAUCGGCGCCGCUACCAGCCGCUGCCGCCGCCACCGCCGCCAGUGACUGAAUUUGGAGGUGGAUAUAUGUCGGAUAACCCGUUUUCACCCCCAAACUAGGCUAUAGAGGGAGCAGAUCCAAGAGGGACGAAGUGCUUCUCGUAAAGCUCAGCCAUGCAUGAAAGUCCAUAAUGAGUUGACGACUUGACUCCGCUUACUUCGCAUACCAUUGUUCCAAUCUGUCCAAAGGGAGAUACCAGAUUGG